AUGGAGAAAGUUAAUAUUAAGCUAUUCCAUGGGGUUAAUUUUGUUACUACAAAAUGCAAAACAACAUAUGAAAAGGGAAAUAACAGCUACGAUGAGGUGGGUCGGAUUUGGCAUAGGAAACGUGGUUGUAGUUUAUAUGCCGGGAGGAAAGAGUUAAAGAAUGAUGAAGAUAUUCCUGGAUUUUUAGAGGCUAAUAAAGAGAAAGAUGGAUGGUAUAUACUGUAUGUGAUUCACGAGGAGAAAAAUGAUGGUCAUGCCCCAGUUAGAUAUGAGGAAGCAAAUUUGAGUAUUAGUGAGUCGGCAGGCAUGGCUAACGCAUUAGCCAAUAAUACAAAGGGGGUCCCACGAGGAAAAGAUGAUUUGCUUCCAACGGAUAGUGAGGAUAUUGAUGUGUAUAACGACAUCAAUGAGAGGGUGAUUAGCAGCCUAGGAGGGUCUAGAGAGAUUUAUGUUGAGGAUGACGAGGAGGAAGUUGAGCAUGAUGAAGAAGAUAAUGGAAUUCAAGUGCAAUAUGAUGAUGAGCUCAAUGAUAGUGACGGUGAAGUUGUAAGUGUAGUUGGUUCGGAUGAUGAAGGACCGGAGUAUCCAAUAUUUAACCCACAAGUGGACUUUUCUGUCUACUCUGCAAAGAGGUGUGAUUGUCCAUGGAAGAGGGCUAUGAUUGAAAAGUGUAACUGUAAGAAAAAGAGGAAGUGCAAAUUUAAGGUUCACUGUAGGAAGCUCAAAGGGGAAGAAACUUUUCAAAUAAAAAGUCUAAGAAGUGAACAUGUGUGUGGGCGUCAACAUCAGAAUCCUAAAGUGACUGCACAAUGUCUUGUUGAGAGAUAUUUAGAAGAUUGGAGAGAUGAUGCAUAUGUGAAGGUGAAGGUAUUUAUGAGACGGACAACAAGGAAGGUAGAAGUAGAAGUAAUUUACACUAAGGCAUAUAAUGCUAAGCAGAAGGCAUUGAAAAUGUUGUUUAGUGAUGCUUAUACAGAGUAUGAGAGGGUGUGGGACUAUUCAGCUGCAAUUCGUAAGUAUAAUCCCGGUUCCACUGCAAUUGUGAAGGUGGAUGGCAUAGAUAACCCACUUCCCUUGUUUCAGAGGAUGUAUAUUUGUCUUCAAGCUUGCAAGGAAGGCUUCAUGGCUGGGUGUAGGCCAAUACUAGGAGUGGAUGUUGCUCAUUUGAGAGGGUCAUACCCCGCGGCCAGUGUGUUGUUAACAGCAGUAGAAAAAGAUGGGAACAAUAAUAUAUUUCCCGUUGCUUGUGUUGUGGUUGAGACAGAGAAUUUAGAAACUUGGACAUGGUUUUUGGAGCUUCUUGUGAAGGACAUAGCUAUUGUUGCUUCUUCUGUGACUUGGGUGCAUGAAAAAGAAGAAGAAUUGACUUACAUGUCUGAUAGACAUAAGGGAUUGUUAGAAGCUUUUAAAACUGUGGUACCAAAUGCAGAGAAAAUGUUCUGUUGCAGACACAUUUGGGCCAAUUUCAAAAACAAGUUCCCGAGGGAGAUUUAUAGAGAAAGUUUCUGGAAAGCUGCAAGAUCAUCCGCAAAGGUUUAUUUAGAGCAAACUAGUUAG